AUGGAUUACCAGCCCACAACACCUUCAAAUGCAUCAGAUAGCAAUGAAUAUCCGGGAGCAACUGCCCCUCCGUACGAAAGUACUCCUCAGGAUAAUAAUAAAAGACGCAGUUCCUCGAGAUCAAUAAAACGUCGACGUUUUGACGAUGAAUUAGUAGAAUAUAGAUUGCCAGGGGCAUCAAUGGGAAAAGGAGAAAAGAGAAUACGUACACCAUCUUACACGAGUAUAUUGCCAGAAUUUUCGAGUAUUACUGGGGCACCCGUGACACCUACUAUACCAGCGCAAGAAAGAAGACGGACGUCUAGUAAAAUUUCACAUGGGGGAAGUCGUAAACCGCGACGUAAAGGGUAUCUGAGCCAGUUAUCUACGAAAGACUUGGGACGAUGGAAGCCAACUGAUGAUUUAGCUUUAAUUUUGGGUGUUCAGCAGACUAAUGAUCUUCGCAUAGUGCAUCGUGGUGUUAAGUUUACGUGUCGUUUUACUGUUGGGGAACUUCAAUCGCGAUGGUAUGCACUGCUUUAUAAUGCAGAGAUAUCACGAGUUGCAGUGGCUGCUAUGCGCAAUUUACACCCAGAUUUGGUUGCUGCAGUCCAACAACAGGCUUUAUAUUCAACAGCAGAAGAAGAUUUACUCGGAACAUUACCUAGUUCUUCACACCCUGCACUGGAGAAGUUUCAAGAGUUAUUGGAUCAGAAUCCUCAUGUUUUCUAUCCUUCUCGAACUGCUAAAGCUCUCAUGAACCACUGGCAACUUUUGAAACAGUAUCAAUUGCUACCAGAUCAAACUGUGCAUCCACUUCCUAAAAGUCAAGACGAUAAAAUAAUGUCAUUUUCUGAUGCUGAAGAAACCAUAAACGACUCUGAAUUGCCUGACUUUAAAGAAGAUGGAAUUGAUAUUGAAAUGCAGUUAGCAGACAGGGUGGAAAAGAAGGAGAUUCGGUUAUUGGAGAAUUCGUUGGCCCGGUGGCAGGUGCUGGUGCAAUCUGUAGUCGGUGGCAGUAUGGAGCUCGACAAAAAUACGCUGGCUGUUCUUCGUGGACGCCUAGUGCGGUACCUUAUGCGCUCCAGAGAGGUAAAUAUAACACUGACAUUGUAUUUUAUUAUGUACUUCUAA